AUGGCUGUGAUUGAAAAUGAGAAGAACGAGCUCAUCCCAACAAGAACGGUGACCGGGUGGAGGGUGUGUAUGGAUUACCGGAAGCUAAACAGUGCUACGUGCAAGGACCAUUUCCCUAUGCCUUUUAUUGAUCAAAUGCUUGAUCGGCUAGCAGGAAGGUCAUUCUAUCGCUUCUUGGAUGGAUACUCCGGCUACAAUCAAAUCAAAAUUGCAUUGGAAGAUCAGGAAAAGUCAACAUUCACUUUUCCAUAUGGGACGUUUGCAUUUAGCCGGAUGCCAUUGGGGUUAUGCAAUGCUUCCGCCACUUUCCAAAGGUUUGCGGGCCGCAUAAUGGAUCGCAAACUCCGUGUAGAAGUUGCUGAUAGCAGAAAAUGCGGUGACUAA